AUGUCAAUACCACCUACAUCUGCAGAUAGUGAACGAUUUUGGUCAUUAAUAGCAGGUAUUCAUACUUUAAAACGUAAUAGAUUAACAAAUGAUCGGGCAACAAAACUUUCUUGUAUCCGAUUGCAUAUUUCUCAAAACAAAAAUAUUUUGAACCGCAUUAAAAAAAAUAUUAAUCAGUUUCAACAAGUAGACCAAACAAAUACUAAUACUACUAAUGAUUCAGAUAUAGCCUAUAAUUUGGAAACAGAUUUUAUUACUGAAGAUGAAUUUUAUACUCUUCAGAAUUUAGAGCAACAACUGGAAAAUCCUGAAGAAAUUUUAUUAACAACAAUUAAACAUUUUGAUGGAUUUAAUACAUAUGAUCAAGUUUCUUAUAAUCAAAUUAUUGAAGAUAGUACUUGGUCUUUUAAUCAAAUUGAGUAUAGCACAGCACUGGAGGAUUUGUUUCUUCUUGAAAAAUUAGAUAACAUUUCUUUGAAUUUUUGA